GAUCGUCUGGAAGGUUCCGGGCGAAUUUCGGCAUCGACGAGGUUGCUCAAGUCAGCUGCCAUAGCUGCGACUUCCCUCCCCACCGCCACAAUUCAUCCCUCGACCGCUCAAUUGCGUCCGGGCUCCGUCUCUCGCACAGCCCAGCUCGCCCGACAUCUCGUUCAGGCCCGGAGCUACUCGUCGUCGUCGUCGUCCAGCAGCACCAUGGCCUCUUCCUCGCCCUACUCCGUCCGCAAGGUCGGCGCCCCCUACACGCUCGACCACCGCGUCUACAUCGAGAAGGAUGGCGUGCCCAUCUCGCCUUUCCACGACAUCCCGCUCUUUGCCAACCAGGAGCAGACCAUCCUCAACAUGAUUGUUGAGAUCCCGCGGUGGACCAACGCGAAGCUCGAGAUCUCCAAGGACGAGCUCCUCAACCCGAUCAAGCAGGACACUAAGAAGGGCAAGCUGCGCUACGUCCGCAACUGCUUCCCCCACAAGGGCUACCUGUGGAACUACGGUGCCUUCCCCCAGACCUGGGAGGACCCUAACUCGAUCCACCCCGAGACCAAGGCCAAGGGCGACAACGACCCGCUCGACGUGUGCGAGAUCGGCGAGCUGGUCGGCUACACGGGCCAGGUCAAGCAGGUCAAGGUGCUCGGCGUCAUGGCGCUGCUGGACGAGGAGGAGACGGACUGGAAGGUCAUCGUCAUCGACGUCAACGACCCGCUGGCUCCCAAGCUCAACGACGUCGAGGACGUCGAGCGCCACCUGCCGGGCCUGCUGCGCGCCACCAACGAGUGGUUCCGCAUCUACAAGAUCCCCGACGGCAAGCCCGAGAACCAGUUUGCCUUCACCGGCGAGUGCAAGAACAAGAAGUACGCCAUGGACGUCGUCCGUGAGUGCAACGAGGCCUGGGAGAGGCUCAUCACGGGCAAGACGGCUCCCGGCAGCAUCGCCCUCACCAACCUGACGGUCGGCCACUCGGCCAGCCGCGUCUCGCCCGACCAGCUGCCGCCCCUCCCGCAGAACCAGGAUCUGCCCCCGGCGCCCAUCGACAGCUCCAUCGACAAGUGGUUCUUCAUCAGCGGUGCCUCGGCCUAGGCAGUUGGCUCGUAGCCGCAGCGGGGCAUCGCGCUUUGGUGAGCCUGCCGGUGCAGGGAGAUAGAUAUAUAGGCGGAGUCUCUAAAAACCAAAAAGGAAAAACGGUGUCGGUUCAUAGAACGCCAGCAGA